AAGAUCAAGAUCAAGAUCGAGAAGAUCGCGGGAUGUAAACACUUGCCUCGCCGUAGUCGUGGCUGCACGUGUUAGUCAGGAGUGACAUCAUCGCCCUCUGCUUCCAUCAGGAAGAAGUGCUGAGGAUUCUUUCGAGACACUGAUCAGUGUCCCUUGCAGGCCAACACUAGCAGAGCUGCUGGGUGGCUCCCAAGAUCCUGAUCAGGACAUCUCACAAGAAUAUAACCACAUAACCUCACUGUUGCUAGCACAUUCGGAGUACUAGAGGCUGUGGCACCACAGCCUGCAUGGCCCCCUCAAAUCCCCAACAAGAAAUAAAACAAGUUGGUGUUGAGGCUUUGGUACCACAACUUGCACAGUCCCCAUCAAGAUUUAAUGUCUGCCAUGCACCUUUGGGAAAAGCGAGAGGUUCCACGCCCUCCAGAGUAUACCAUAGGAUAUUCUUCAGAAGAACUUGUGCAAAAUAACUUACGUACAUGUGUACGUCCUCUCCUGAAUGGCAUCAGCAAGGGUCACCUAGCACUGGAUAACAAACGGGUAUCCACCUGCUUAAGGAAAGAAGUUGGAAUCCUUACGGCUUCAUUGUAUCGCAAUGGACGCCAUCGCACUGAGAAGUUUUACAGAGUUCUGAAAAAGGUGGAGAAGAGCUGCACCCGGUGGCAGAAGCUUGAUGUGGUGGAGGAGCUGGAGCGUUUGUGUCACCUCAUGCCUCGGAUGGUCUUGGAAUGCAGAACCCUGCGCUUACCAUCGAAGCAAAUGUUUGAGUACCUGCUGGUGAGACUGAUGGGAUCUUACCACCUCAUGCUGCAUAUUGAUAGGAUCUGCAGGGAAGCUGCUAUUCUCUUGUUAUCCAAAAUUGCCACUGGCCACUUCUUCAGUACAGCAGUGGCAUUUUUGUCUAAUAUGGCACGCAUCAGAGUCCUAGCAAUGGAUUAUGCUGGGCAGGUGGCCAAGAUUUAUGAUAACAUCCUGCCGCAUGUCAAGCACUUGAAAGGAAGCAACGCACCUCCCUUAUUAGACACAACCACUCUCCCUUCCUCUCUCUCUAGCCUCCUCCAGCAGUACUGUGCCUCACUUGAUGUCAACAGGAACUCACUACCUGUAAGUAAACCCUCUGCAAACAUCAGUUUCCUUAACUCAUUGAAUAUCUCCAGGGAAGAUGGUGCAAACAUUUCCAAGAUUGAUGAAUUCAUAAACUCUCCUAUAGCAAAAGACUUGGUCAGUGAGGAAUUGUUUAAUUCAAAAAAUGAAAUAUCUGAUAGACUGGAUAUGUCAGUCUCAAAUAGUUAUUUGAUGGAAGAUAUCGGUGAGUGUGUGCCGAUGACCAAAACUCCCAAGAAAGCUAAGGCUGUAAAGAAGAGAAAAUUAUCCCAGAAAACUAAUGGUGACAGUGAAACGAAUGAUGGACACUCCAGUAAGAAUGUUAAGAAAGUCAAAUCAGAUUCUGGCAAGAAUCUCUCACUCAAAUCAAAGAAAAAGAAAGCCAAGGGGAAUUUGUUAAAAUGUGAUGUAGGAAAAAAUAAACAAAAUAAAAUCAGAAAAUCCCUCAGUAAACCAGAUGAAGAGCAUUGUUCUGUAGCAUUUAUAAAACAUUUCAAGGCUGUGAAAAAACAAACAAAAAAUAUAAACUCCAUAGAAAGUUUAAGGAGGUUCCUUGAAAGGGAAAAGAAAAACAGGAGUGAAAAAGUCAGUGGCAGGGUAUCUGUGCUACUGAAGAAGGAAGACUGGAAGGAAUUUGCUAAAUUUUUAAGAACAAGGCUUAAGAAUAUUACAGAAUUGAGUAAAAUGGAUUCAGGUGAUAGUGAGGCACUGCAGCAGCUGUUAGGCAAGACCAGAGUUAGAGUUAAGUUUUGGCUCUUGUUUCCACACCUGAAGGGCAAAAAACCUGGAAACUGGAAGACUGUACUGGAAAAUUUAGCAGGUUAAUGAUGUACAUCUGAACAUUGAUUGUGCUAAAUAAUGUUUAACAUAUUGAUCGUUGGAAUGGAAAUAAGUAUAGCACUCAACAGAUUUGUGUGCAUGGCCUAGGAACAUAAGAAUAUAAACACAUAAGGGGAGCUGCAAGUGGCCUACAUAUGACAGUUCCUGUAAAGACACUUGGAGCUGUGAGUAUUAAAAUUAGUGUCAUUAUCUUAUUACUGGGUCUGUUUACAAAUUAUGUAUAGUUGUCCCCAUGUAGUGGUGUCACCAAGUCCAGUGAAUUUCAUAUAAAAAAUCAAAAUAAGAAUUUAUAUGUGGACUAUCAUGAGGUGCUCUAUAUUAAGAGCUCUGCUAAGGCCAGUAAGAUGCAAUAAGUGGAGGAUGUUGUCAAACUUUUUUUCAUCCAACUAAAAUAUGACAUCACUACUUUGGACAUCUGUAUCUUCUUAUGUAUCUCCAUUUUUCUAAUGUAUCUUCCUUGCAUUGACCUAUCAAAAGUGCCCUGUCUGUCCCCUCCAUGUAUCCUCUUGUGGCACUGGCUGACACAUGUAGCAGUAAGUAUAAAAAUAGUGUCAGAGGCUAGCAAGUGAAUCAGCAUCAUGGCAGAAUGUGAGAGAAUAGAGACAGUCAGUUGAAGGAGGGGAAGUUGAUGAAGCAAUGACCUUUAACUCCACAUAGCUGGAAAAGCCUGUGUGGGUGGCACUCCUCCACACGUGAUGCAACCUUCGUGACGUGGGUAGGAAAGUGCCUGGAGGUGUAACUGGCUCUGCUGUCGUUAUAAACAUCCCAGUAUGUUUCCAGGCUUUCUUAUGAAUGUAGUUGACUGUUGCCCUAUUGAAUCUUGUCAUGGUUACUCUGUUAGGGACAUAUGGCAUCUUGGUAAUGAUUGAGUAUGUAGGACAAAAAUUGUUAAUGUGUGAAAAAAUUAUGGAUCAUGAGUAAUGCUGUAAUCUUUUCAGUGUGAUAUGCAACAAUUCACAGCAUGAAAAGCAAUGCAUGGAGUCUAAAAGCAUCUACAGGAAAGAAAGGGAUAGAGAAAGAAUAUGUGUUAGGAUUUCCAGCCAGUACAAUGUUCAGAGGUGGCUGUAGAACAAGAAAAGAUGUCUCAGAGUGGUUAAUGAUGAAGGAGAUGUGCCAAGUAGUAGUGGAAGGGUUAAAUGAGUUGAUAUGCUCAGGAUCUUGGUGCAGAUAUCCUUUUUUCAGCAUACACUUGCAUCAUCCAUGUUGCUGUUGAAAUUAAUUAUGAAUAAGUUUAAUUUUUCAAAGUGACAGAAAUAUUAAAAUGCAUGUGUUAUAGGUGCUUGUGGUGUUGAUUGGAUGGGAUGAAAGCAGUGACGGUACAGUAAGUCUGAUAUAAUUAACUAUUUAAGGAGGAAGACCAGUUUAUCAUAUCUGGAAAUUUGCUUUAUCUGAAAUUCAUUAUUGCAUGAUCUUCAAGUGUACUCAGAUUGUCACAUAAGAAGAGUCA